UACCAGAAGUUGAAAUGAAAUGAAGACAAACUAGGAGACAGUGGACAGCCACAGAGAAAGCAGCAACCUUUUUCUGAAAUCAUCUGUUGAGAUACUGUCCUACUUUGAACAUUCCAAAGAAGAUUUCACAGAACAGUCAACAACUGAAAACUCUGUGGAAUAACAUGAAGCUCAUUUGCCUUUCUGUAGCCUUGUUGAUCCCACUGCUGUCUCUGGUAUUGAGAUCACAGGCUGGAGUGGUGUAUGACUUCAACCACGUAGAGAGCUGUAAGGAUUUUCUUUAUAUGGGCACUCCACCAAAAGGCUACCUUAGUGCCUCUUUAAAAAAGAUUUGCCAGCGAUACAUGGACAAGCCUCGCUUCAUCACCUUCUAUGACCCCCAAAAACACAUUCCCAUAUACUCAGCCUACACUUUCAAGAAAUCAGAUGGGGAGAAACGAGUAGAUGUUCCCUGGAUGUUUGAACCGCAGCUGGCUAUUGAGAAAGGUAGCAGUAGCAUGGAACCCUUCCCCCAGUCAUCCUUCAUGCACAGAAACUUUGAAGACACACAGGCUGUGUUGGAAGACUAUGCUGAUGUGAUCCAAUAUGAACGUGGCCAACUGAACCCAGAUCAGCAUCAAGCAGACCCGCUGGACAAGGCCGCCACAUACACCUUGACCAAUGUGGUUCCCUUGAUAAGGGAGUUCAGUAUUGGUCCCUGGAGCACACAGGAAGAUGCGAUCCGCAAACGGCUCAAUAAUUUUUGCCACGGUAAGGCUUAUGUGAUUACUGGGGUGACAACAUCUGGUAACAUGAUCCGGCGUGAUAACCUGGAUCGUGUAGCCAUCCCCGAGUACAUAUGGACAGCUUAUUGCUGCACAGAUUAUGAUCACAAUGCUCCUUACUCAGAGCGCUACAAGUUUCCAGCAUUUGGUGCCUACGGCCUCAAUGAUCGUGUGAACAACCAGAUAGUGGAGGUUCCAAUCAAGAAUCUAGAGAAAUUUCUCAAGGGCAAAAUGCAGGUGGACAGGAACUUCCAGGUCUUUUACAGCGACUGUGUGUCUGAUUUAUAAGGGUGUUACAAACCAAUUAAAUGGGUUCAUUAUCAUCAGAGAUAUUAAUACACAUGGUAAAACUUAACAUUUGUGGUGUUGCAUUUAAGACACAUAUAAAAAAUAAAUAUUAAUUUCACAAAGGCCUUUAAACCCCUUGAGAUUAUAGAUAAAUAAUUUAUACUACAAUUACUUAUAACAUUACAUUAAAAUUAUUAAUGUUUUAUAUAUAUAUAUAUAUUAUUAAUACAAAUAUAAUUUAUCAGCCAUUGUGUAUGUCUUGACCUCCUACUCAAAGUGUUAGGGAAACAAGAGGUCCAAAUUGGUCUUGGUUGUAAGUGUGAGAUGCUGGUAAAUUACAGCUUUCAUUAGAUUAGCAAUAUCUGUUGUAAAAAAAAAAAAAGACAACUGAGCAAGUUUUGAUCUUUUCAUUACAGGCUGCAUCUGAAAGUUUUCAUAAUAUCAUGUGAUCACCAUGUGAAAAUUAAAUCCCAUUUUAGGCUUUGGUUAAAUGACUUAAAUGAAAGCAAAUAACAGUGUGACAUAAACAUUAAAAUGGUCUUAACGUGUAAGAAUCUUAUCUGUGCAAAGAAAAAUAUCAAAAUAAAAUGUAAUGCUUUCUGCCCAGUCAUGUGCUUCAUUUAUCAUUUUUUUCCUGGUUUUAUAUUCAAAUAUUUAUUUAUUCUUGCUUAGCAUAGCUUUGAGGUUUAUCUUAAACAUGCACUAUGCAGGGAG